UAAUAGGUGACCGCUACCACUUCCAUAUUUGCUCUACCGUGUUUGACGUUUAGGUAGAUGAAGGAGGAGCGACAAAAGUAAAUGAGACAACAAUUUUCUUUUGUCUUUCAGUUGAAUCGAGCUGUUUACGAAAAGUGAUCCAUAUACUCGUAACCAUAGGAAACGACGAAAGACACAGGCCAUUGUGGACAACAGUAGCCUUGACGCUGAUGAUUUUUUCUCACGUUUUGUCGACCCACUGUCGAUGCCGCAGACAGACGACGAUGAAGCCGAGAUGUUAGCUUUUGGUUAUGGAUGCAAAAUAUUCAGCGAUAAAGGAAAAGCGUCUCAGGUGGACAAUGGUGAUUACUUGAUAUUGUGGAAGAGCGUUGAUGUUAACCGACAUCGUACAAUGAAGAGACCUUUAUGCUGGAUGGAUCGUUAUGACGCCCGACAUCUAAUGGAAAACUGGAGUGAUUUGCCGCAAGCUCAGGACAAGAACAUCAAGAUAAAAGGCGGCGAAGCAGCUGUUCUAGACCCUAUUUUUGAUAAAGAUCGGUAUAAAGAUUUGCAUUAUCAUGAAUUAUACGAUCCUGAUUUUGUUAAAGAUGAUGAGAGCAGAGAACAAAGAGCUUGUAUACCCUACAAUCACAAUAAUGAUAAUGUUGAUGACAUUGGAAAAGAGCUUACUGACUUACAGAAAGAAAUUAUUGAUCGAUACAGUACGCCUUUGAAUAUGUCAAUACCUGAAAAUCAGGAACAAAUAACGUUGAUAGAAGAAGUAGUUCAGGAGAUCAAACAUACAGCGAAGCAUGCUGCUGAUAUCAAUAUGAUUGAAAUCAAAUUUCAGGUGCGGAAUAGCAACAACCCUUUAUAUUCAUUCUUAAAUAAGUAUGAUACACUAUAUCCAUUUUACCGGCACUUAUUAACCCUGAAGAGGGACACUUGUAAAAACAAAGCAAUCGCAGCACAAGUACCAUUAGUUGAUUACGGAAGCAGUAGUGAAAAUGACAGCGAGACUGAGGAAAGUGAUUCAGUUAGAAAGGGAAAUAAGCCUAUCUCUUCGCCCGAAAAUAAAUCGCUGAAGGAAGUCAUAGAUAAAACAGCUUCCUUUAUAGCCAAGUCACGGCAAGGACAGCAACUUCUUCAACACUUGAAAUCAAAAAAUAGAAAUAAUCCGAAAUUCGACUUUUUAAAAGAAGGAAGUGUGCACCAUGCUUACUUCCAGCAGCAAUUAAAGAAUUUGAUGAAACCAUACUUGUACGACGAACAGCAACAACCACGACAGAAUUAAGGAUACUUUAACUUAGAGAUUACGUAAUGGACGAAUGAUUCUUCUCCUUGUAUGCCUCUUGUAAAAACGGAUGGGGUAGUACCUGAUGAGUUAUUUAGCAGGCGAUAGGCCUUUUCACAUAUUCACGUGAAAAGCCAGCAUACUUUUCAAUGCCUCCUUAUCCGUUAUUAUUCAACACAGCCAUUUCUUCUUUUUUCUUUAUUCCAAACCCCCUCUUCC